ACUUAAAUAUUUUAAAACUAUAAUCCUAUAGUCUCUUGCUUAUUACAUGGUAAUCCUAAAUUUACCUGGAAAUACCUGAUAGCCAUAGCACUGUGUCCACUUCUACUGGGAAUAAAGAUAACACACAUAGAUAAGAUAUAAAAAGUUAAAGAGUUACUUCAUAUAUUCACCUAUCGGUUAUUGAAUGAACAUGUAGAUUGCAUGAUGUGUGCCUAAAAUGCUUACCGUUUUAUACACAAUUACAUACGGCUCUGUUUAUUUACGUGUGUAUUUGUAGUGUGAUGUUCCGUUAAACAUUAAAUUGAUGUGUGAAUGAAAGUGUGUACCAUGAUGUUGAUAGUGUUGUGUUUUGUUUUGAUGUGCGGCCACUCAUUGGCUCAAAAUGAUGUUGAAGUUAUACGCAUGCAAUUACCUUUUGAAGUAGAACAUGUAUUAUCUAUGAAUGGCAGCAUCGAAUAUAUUUUAGAAUUUAUACCGAAUUUCGAACAAAGGCAGUAUCCGAGCCAAAUUAACGUAAAGACUGAUGGCGGUGAUACCUCGCAGCCCAUACUCAUCACAGCCAGGCAGGGAGUAGGCAUAAGCACCUGGCAGCUUCCAUACCGCUCGGGCAGCCAGGUGCUAUACGAGGUGAGCCGCACGCUCUGCCCCGAGCACCUCAUCGACACCGCCAACAACACUGAAUGCGGUGAGCAGUCGUCGUUCCGUGUGAAGAACACGUUCAUUCUGCAGAUCAGCUCGACGUGCGCCACGCAGCAGGAGCUGACCCUGCUGGCGGCGCCCGCCCGGGACUUCGCACUGCCGUUCCAGACGAAUACAGAAAUACUAGCGACGUUCACUAAGCCCACGGUGCAACACUACGCAUUCCGGGACGGACAGAGCAGCGUGCGGCUCACACUGCAGUCCGACCACCGAGCCGUGUGCGCCAUGCUGUCCCUGCAGAAUGUCACUUGUCCCGUGCUCCAGACCUCGGCCCUGCUGCCGCAGGCGGGCUGGCGCCUCACCAUGCUGCGCUCCGCCGCGGUACAUGUGCCGCGUCACCGCUUCCCCAACGGCUUCUACCUGGUAGUAGUGCUACUACCCUCAUCCCGGGAGUGCUUUGGCGAGGCGGGCCCGGACGACGACUGGCUGUGGGAGGACAUGUUCGGGGGCCCGGGCCGCCAGCCCACCAGGGGGGGAAGGGAGAAAAGCAUCACGGUUUAUGUUCAGGCCUCAAUAACCCUAUCCCAGUACGCGCUGGCCACGGGGCUGACGCUGCUGUUCUGUGGAAUCUUCUACAUCGCAUUCUUCGCACUAGUGUUCGCUCAGAAAUGGCCACGGUUCGCCAAAUAUGUGUCGCCCAAGGCGCGCUUGGUCGACGAUGAACACAGAAACGGUGUAGAUGUGCCGGACGGAGUGCCUAGCACGGGGCGGUCGCGCCGACGACGACGACUGUCAACGGCAACAUUCGACAGUAGCGAGGACAGUAACUCUUCAGACGAGGAGCAGGAGGCUGGCACCGCUUCCACCGUGGUAGACCGCAGACCAGCUAACGACCAGCCUAGUGGGACCCAGGAUACUGCUGGCGAGUCAGGAGAUCAGAGACCUGGUCAUAAUGGCCAGGUGGAUGAGGCGAAUGGGAGGUCAGCUCGGAAUGGCCAGGCAUAUGAUGUGGAUGGGAGACCAGUGCAGAAUGGCCAGGCUAAUGAGACGCAGAUCUCUCCUGAAGAUCCUGACAGCCUGGUAUUAGCUUCGGAUGUGAACGAGUUGCAUCCACCUACAUUUUUGCACGCUGAAGGCGCUUUCAGUCAUCCGUGCGUAGUCGCCUUAUUCUACUCUCUACCUACCUCUAACACAGGGUGUUCCUUCCAGCCCUCCACUACCCCCUACGGGCUCCCCCCCUCGCUCCGCCUAGCAGCGCUGUCGCGGCGGCGCGGGCGCACGCUGCAGGCGCGGUCCGACCGCUACCUGCACACCCUGUAUAUAGUCGCCGUGUUCUACGCGCUGCCGGUGCUGCAGUUUGUGUCCGCUUUUCAGAUUUUCUUCAACUACUCGGGCUCGCUAGACCUGUGCUACUACAACUUCCUCUGUUCGCACGCGGCGGGCGCUCUCAGUGACUUCUCCCAUGUGUUCUCCAACCUGGCGUACCUGCUGCUGGGGGCGCUGUUCAUGCUGCAGCUGCGCCGGCGCCGCGCGCGCCGAGUUAGGAGCCCUAGGAGCGAGGAAUACGGCAUCCCGGCGCACUACGGCAUGCUAUCUGCGCUCGGGGCCGGCAUGAUGGCCGUGGGGCUGCUCUCCGCCGGCUACCACGUGUGCCCCAACAGACUCAACUUCCAGUUCGACACGGCGUUCAUGUACGUGCUGGCCGUGGUGAGCAUGGUGAAGAUCUACCAGAGCCGGCACCCUGACGUGAAUGCGCGCGCGCACGCCACGUUUGGAGUCUUAGCGGUCAUGAUCGCGCUAGUGGUGUGGGGCGUGCUGGGCGGCGGCGCGUUCUUCUGGGCUCUAUUCACGGUGCUGCACCUGUUCACGUUCCUGCUGCUCAGCCUGCGCAUCUACUACGUGGGGCAGUUCCGCCUGGAGCGCGAGACGCUCCAGCGCGCGGCGCGCGAGCUGGCCGCCAUGCCGCGGCGCGGGGUGCGCCCGCUGUACAAGACGCGGCUGGUGCUGUUGUUGAUAGCUAACUCUGUCAACUGGCUGCUGGCGCUCUAUGGACUGUGGAAACAAAGCGCCGACAUAGCGAGCCACCUCCUCGAGCUACUUCUCAUCAACACGCUUCUCUACAUGUCCUUCUAUCUCGUGAUGAAGUUGCUCAACGGCGAGCGCCCGCGCUGGUACGCGUGGUGCUACCUAGGCGGCGCCACCGUCGCCUGGAUCCCCGCCUUAUACUUCUUCGUCUACGGAAGCACUGAUUGGUCGACCACUCCCGCCUUAUCUAGAGAAAUGAACCAUCAGUGCAUGGUGCUAGAGUUCUACGAUGCUCAUGAUCUGUGGCACAUUCUGUCGGCCGUCGCUCUCUUUUUGUCGUUCAAUGUUCUGCUGACCUGGGACGAUGGGUUGGCCGCAGUUAAAAGGACUGAGAUAGCUGUUUUUUAAGAGGGUAUUAAUUAAGAUGAUUUUGUGUUAGGUUAGGUAGGUGAAACUAUGAAAAUUAAAUAUAUUUUUUACAACAGAAAA